AUGAAAUUUACCGAGCAUUUGGCUGCUCAUAUAACACCGGAAUGGCGAAAACAAUACAUAAAUUAUGAAAAAAUGAAAUAUUUGUUGCAUAGUUCCAUUGAACAAGCGCCUUCAGCUGAAGAAGUCGAACCCGAAGUUUUCGCCAGAUACAUAGCCAAAUUGGACGAGCAAUUUUUUCAUUACUGUGAUUUAGAAUUAACAAAAAUAAAUACUUUUUUUUCGGAAAAAUUAGCCGAAGCUCACCGAAAAUAUGCUAAUCUUAAAUCAGAACUCGCAGAUUUAAAUAUUGAUAUUAACUCUGGUAAGAAAAAUACAAAACCUUGGUCGGCAACUUCUAAAAAAUAUCAGGGUAUAAAAUUGGCAUUUAGUGAAUUUUAUUUAAAUCUAAUUCUACUUCAAAACUAUCAAACUCUUAAUUUUACCGGAUUUCGAAAAAUAUUAAAAAAACAUGACAAGCUUUUGAAUGUAAACAACGGUACGGUGUAUAGAAUGGAAGUCAUUGAAACGUCAAAUUUUUACACAAAUAAAAGUAUCGAUAAACUUAUUUUAGAUGUUGAAAUAACAUUUAUACAAGAAUUAGAAAAAGGAAAUCGUCAAAAAGCAAUGAAACGUUUAAGAGUUCCACCUCUUGGAGAAAAACAAAGUCCUUGGGUGACAUUUAAAGUUGGUUGGUUUUUAGGUUCAUUUUUUAUUUUGCUCAUUAUUGUCAUUAUUUCAAGCAUCCUUAAAAAAGAUUUUAAUUUAAAAAUAGCUAUACAUUUAUAUAGAGGUCCUCUUCUUUUAGUUCAAUUUUUAUUUUUUAUAGGAGUUAAUGUUUACGGGUGGCGUUCUUCGGGAGUUAAUCACGUUUUAAUAUUUGAAUUAGAUCCAAGGAAUCAUUUAUCAGAACAAAAUUUAAUUGAAAUGGCCGCCAUAUUUGGUGUAAUAUGGAACCUUAGUGUACUUGGUUUUUUAUACGGUAAAGAUUUUAGUAUACCUCGUUAUACAUUUUAUCGCGAUGCUCGUUUCUGGGCGAUAAAAAUAUUUUUUCGAAUUAUUUUUGCGCCAUUUUUUUAUGUUAACUUUGCCGAUUUCUGGUUGGCUGAUCAAUUAACAAGUUUAGCUCCUGUUUUUUUAGAUUUUCAAUAUUUCUUUUGUUUUUAUACUUCUGACACAAGUUGGUUAGACCUUAAUUGGAAUGAUGCAGAUUAUGACGAAAUGUAUUUAUGUGGGAAUAAAUAUAUGUUUGUAAGGCCGUUAAUAACAAUUUUACCAGCUUGGUUUAGGUUUGCCCAAUGUUUGAGACGAAUGAGAGACACAAAUCAUAAAUGUCUACAUUUGGCCAAUGCAGCAAAAUACAGCACAACAUUUUUUGUUAUUAUAUUUUCAACAUUAUAUUCUUAUAAUCAAACCCCGCAUACUAAGAAUACAUUUUUUGGUUUUUGGAUUCUCUCCCUUUUAAUAAGUUCCAGUUAUUCAUAUUAUUGGGAUGUUAAAUUAGAUUGGGGUUUAUUUGAUAAAAAAGCUGAAGAAAAUAAAUUAUUAAGAGAAGAAAUUAUUUAUUCAACUUGGACAUAUUAUUUUGCCAUUUUUGAAGAUUUUAUUUUAAGAUACACUUGGGCUUUGUCAAUCUCUUUAACCGAAGCAGGAAUUAUGCAUUCUCAUAUAAUUGUGUCUAUAUUUGCACCUUUAGAAGUUUUUAGAAGAUUUGUUUGGAAUUAUUUUCGUUUAGAAAAUGAACAUUUAAAUAAUUGUGGUAAUUUUAGAGCCGUAAGAGAUAUUUCUAUAGCACCUAUAAGAACACCUGAUCAAUCUCAAAUCCUAAAAAUGAUGGACGAUGAAGAUUUUGUUUUUAAUAGAAGGAAAAAAAAUAUUUUGAAAGUGAAAAAACCUUCAUCAGAAAGUAAUUUCGAUGAAGAUUACUUUUAA